AUGGAAAGUUGUGAUGUUAAAUUAGCAUCAGUUAGUGAUCCAGAAAGCCUCUUCAUAAGUUCAUCUCACUUUUCAGCUGCACCAUGCCGUGACAAUCCUAUUGUGAAAAGAAAUAAACACCGCAAACGUUCUCGUCGAUUUUGCAUUAGUUCUCGAAAGACCAAACAGCUCUCUGCUUCUACGAAAUCCCGGUCUCAAUAUACGAAUAACUCUAAAUACAAACUAAUAUCGAAAGAGGAUCUUAUCAGCCUUAAAUUAGUCUCAUCGCUUGACUUAGAUGAAGAUCCAGAAGCAAAGUUUUCAAGGACACCACACUGGAUUUAUACUUAUGCGUCAGAAUAUGAGAAAAACGUAUUGAAAACUCAUUUAUUGCUUGGGGAUGUCACAAGGAUCGCAUAUUUGCUACUCAGAAAUCGUAAAUACCAGCCGAUUUUGAUAGAUGUCUUAAAACACUGUUGGCAUUUUUGUCACAGAGUUCCUUUAGCUGAUAUUCAUAUUCGUACGUCAGUUGGUCUAUCAUCACUGAAAUCUGUCCGUUUGGCACAGCAUUCUACAACAAUUUCAAGCUCUACAUUACUGUUUGUUGUCCAGUGGUCUUCUGACAGUGUACUGAAAGGAACAUUGGCUAUUGCAUGCAGCUGUUUACCACCGAAUGGCAGUUGGUACAAUUGUUGUUCGAAGAAGUUUCUACAGACAAUAUCACGCCUAAUUUUGAAACCUGAAGCAAAAAAACAUAUUUUGGAACUUUCGAAAAACUUCUCAGCUAAACCUCAUCAAAUAUCAAGUGUUUCCUUAUUGUCACCCGCGGUAAUAAUGAGUCAGAGUGGUAAUGAUGCGCAUCUAACUGCACACAGUCUAGGAGACAGUGUUUUUCAAAACGCAAAUUUGUACAAAGAUUUAUUAGGUUGUCUUCCAAAAUCAAUUUCAACUAUAUUAAGAAACAACAUUGGUCUGUCUCUAGAGCAUAUCGCAGCUUUCGGGCUUCUUAUUAGUUCCUUCCAUAAUACAUGCGUUUAUGUUUUCAGUGAAGUUAAAACAACUACAGAUUGUAACUCAAGUUCUUUGUCGGAUGAAAGACUCUCUGUUAAUUUAUUCACUGGCAUACAAAGUUUACAUCACGUUGUGUCUUCUUGCCUAUGCAGAUUACGUGAUUCUUAUGCAUCGCUUAUGUCUGCUGGUGCUUGUUUGAAGGCGAGGUAUGAACUUUCAAAUGCAAACUUUCACGAUCUUCAGCAACCUCCUUACAUGCGAAUCGCUCGUGGGCGAGCUCGUCUUUUCGAAUCAGAAUCAGCUGCACGGGAGAAUAUUCGUCGUAUAUUCACUGAAGAAGUCAGUCCUCAUAUUCUUCAUUUAAUAAAUGUUCUAGAGAACUUAAAUCACUCAUUGCGUCGUAUAUCCUCAAAUAUCUUCUUACUUGGCCCAUUUUUCCAUCGUGAUACAUCUUUUGAUGAUAGACACCUAUCCUUAUUAACUUCUAAACAGUGGGUACAUGAAUCCCUUGAAUAUACACAAAAUACUAUACACUCAACCAUUCCCUUAACAGAAUUGGAAUUUACGAUUUUUAUUGAUACGUCCUUUUUUCUUCUCGAAUAUCUCACUUCGAAUGUUUACAAACAUAUUCAUAUGCUAAGUGACAAUAUCCAGUCUUUCAAGCACGAACUGUCACAAACCUACUCCUCCAUUGUUGACACUUGGAUUCCAGCUUACAAAGAACUGUCUACAACUGUAAAUUCACGUGCUGACGUUGAUUUAACAUACUUCUUUUCUUCUUUGCAAAGUCAGUACGAUGUCAUUGAAGCGUGGACUAGACAUCAGCAUGAAACAGAAUUAAGGCAUAUUGGUAGUAACAUGAUUAACCUUCUCACAAAACUUUCUGAUUGUUGGCGCUGUCAGUCUCUUUAUCGAAAUUUAAACUUACCGUGUCGUAAUUUAAGUGUUCCGUAUGGUUCCAGAAACAACCCCUCACAGCCUAUGGUGAAAGAAAUGAAAAUCGACUCGUUAUUGCCUUGGCCACCAAAGCAUCCCAGUUCCGUUCUUACUCAACAUUCAGUCCAAAGAAAUAUACAAGAAUUUCAAAGUAAAACUGCUUGUUCUGCUAACAACGAUUCAGAAGAAUUUGUCUACUCAAGGAUGACAUUUUCUCAAGACAAGUCAAAUAAAAUACCUAAGUCUAAUAUGAAUAUGUCGCACUCUGUGACAGUUAGCAACGGUGGUCGUGAGGUGGAAUCGUUUAUUCGGCAUCAAGGUAGCAGUUAUUGUUUUGAAACUGUGUGUGAUGGUCAGAGUGUUCAAGAUACAUCCUCUGUAUCGCACUCUGUUGAUUCUCAUUCCCCUAACCUUGUUCUUGAGUCACAGUUACCAAUACCUUCUGGUCAACCAUGUCCAGGCAUAAUAACCAAUGUCUCUCCUUUCCACUCUCACCCUCUUCAAAUAACCCGAAAAUUACCUAUCAUUAACGAUUUAUCAGAUUCUUCAGUUUCGAUAAGUCGAAAUACUGAGCAAACUGCUGGCCUCGUAUCGUCGUCUAACGUCAUCUCAAAUACUUCAACGAUGACUGAUCCUGAUAAUAGUCAGUUCGAAUCAGUUUUAUCAGACAUCAGUGGAAGAUCCAUCGGGGAAAAAACGACAGUUAAUUCAUCUGACCAAGAUUCAUGUCGACUUUAUGAAUGCCACUCUAAUAAUAAUAGUCUUUCAACUGAAGCUUCAUAUUUGUGUGAUGCUAAUUUAUGUAGUACACAAAACGAAACUAAUAUCAGUCAAUGUAACCAAAAUACAGAGACAUAUUCACAACCGACUACUUUAGUGCAUAAAAAAAAUGAUAUGUCUUUUCAGACUAACUCACAGUAUCAUGUUGAACCUUUGGAUCAGUCUUCUUCACUUGAUAUGAAUCAUGCACCUACGUAUACUACUCCUAAAAAAGCUUCACCUAUAUCUGACUCAUCAGGUACUUGUUUACCUCUCCUACCUCAUGGUGAGUUUACUGAAGUUCAUCAACAACCUUCGCCACUCAACUCCGAAAAACACAUUAACUCUAUGAAGACGUCUUCUUCUAAAGGUCUUUGUAACAGUAGUGAUGGUACUGGGGUUUUGUCCUUAGAAUUUGAUACAACCAAGUCUACGACAGUGAUGACUUCAGAUUUAGAUAGUCUUCUAGAUAAGGACUCUUCCAUUUCAUAUACGCAACCGAUUUCAGAUAGUCAUAUGAAUUCACAGAAAUCCACAUGCUUCUCUCUUUAUGAUGAUAUUUCAACUGACAGUUAUUCUAAUUGCGAUAUUACCCAAAAAGUUACUUCAGUAUCAUCUACUGACAUCACUGACUCCAGAAAAUUAACGAAAGAAAAAUCGAUAAAGAAAGUAUGUAUUUACUUACCAAACAAUGCUGUCACUAACUGUCCAAUUAAAGAUAUUGUAUCUCAGUGUAAUAAAGAAGAAAACCAUUCAAAUUCAGAUGAACCAGAUAGUUGUAUAAUGUCACUCGAUAGGCGGCGAGCUGGAAAGCUAAAAAGAAAACUGAAAAAAAUUAACCACUCGGAAUUUGCUAAACAGUUAUCUGCUAUUGUUGCAACAACACCUGAAACUUUGGAUACACCUGAAAUCACUUUUGUAACCGAUGGCAAAAAUAAGUUGCACGAUACUCAACAUUUGAGCAAUCUGUGUCCGAUGCCGAUCACUAAUAGUAGUCUUUCCGUAGAAGAGACCUCACAUGCUUCACAUAAUUUAACAAGCAAUAAUGAAAAACAAACAAUAGCUGGUUUUGGAUGUCUUACCUCUUGGUUUCGAGAAAAAACUCUGAAUCCUCAGGCUCCUGGACCGGUCACAGCUGCCAUAUUAGGUCAGUCUAAGCCUUCAGUUUCUUCUAUUUCCAUUGAUCUGACUGUUGAUGACUAA